GCUGAAAGUAACCUGUUCUCGUCUUACCGCUCCAGGUGGCUCGGCAACACCCAAGCAGAACAGAAGCUUCAGUUUGAUUUUUUUGUAAGCCCCGCCUCUAGAGUUGGGACCUGAGUGUGCCAUUUCGGCGACGUGUUGGUAAACGUGGGGUAGAGAGGUCUGGAAUGAGCCCGACAUAGCGAAGUCAUUAUCGGCUCGUAUUCAGAAGUACAUAAUUCGAACUAACGUUAUGCCAUGACAGUUCAUGGCAGUGGAGUGAAUCCGACCAAGAAGAGUGCUGUUGAACAGUUUCGUCAAUGUGAACAACAGGUGCAAAAUAAACCCUGCGUGAAAGGAUCUCACGGUACGACGGACUAGCAAGGUUAAGAAGAAGAGGACACCGGACAGCAACUUAACUAGCUACUUUUUAUUUAUCCAGUGAAUUGGAUUUUACCCUGUAGGAUCUUGGUUGUAUGGAGCGCCUCAACUUAACUGUUUUGUCUGGGGACGGUACGGGACAAAAACGUAUUGCUUUGGAGUGAUGAACUUUGGAGUGUGAGCUAGGCAUCCGCGCCCUCGCGGGAAUUUGUUCCCGUUGCACUUUAAUGGAAUUGUCAUUUCGUUGCAACAUUUCGUUGUUUUAUACCAGAUUCUGCAAUGGUUUUGACUGUAAUAUUAUUUAAAUGUCCGCAGUAAACGAAAAAAAAGUUUUUGGAACCGACCAGGUUGUUAUUUAAAACUACCUAAUUUUGUUUUCUGGCCGAUGAGUCUUGGUUCGCAAUGGAGAACAAAGCAAAUGGAACUCGUCCGUCGCCGUACUAUGCAGGCACCAGCAACAGUGCAAAAGACCGAAUUCAGAGGGUGGAUCCUUAUGGUUUCGAGAGGCCGGAAGACUUUGAUUACGAGUCGUAUGAGGAUCUGAUGUCGGAGUAUCUGGUCGUCCUCACCAGGAGGUCCAUAAAGUGGUCCAAACUCCUGCAAGGGCACAGCAAGGUUGACAGGAGCCUUAAGGUGAAACGGUAUGUGCGGAAGGGCAUUCCCAAUGAACACCGCGCUGUGAUCUGGAUGCUGGCCAGUGGGGCCCAGGAGAGGAUGGAGAGAAACCCUGGCUACUACCACAAGCUGCUGGAGUCCGAGCACGACGAAAAGCUGGUGGACACCAUCCGCACAGACCUGCACAGAACCUUUCCAGACAAUGUUCAGUUCCGCAAGACCUCUGAUCCGUGCCUACAGAAGACCCUCUUCAACGUGCUGGUGGCCUACGGGCACCACAACAAGGCGGUGGGAUACUGCCAGGGCAUGAACUUCAUCUCCGGCUACCUCCUCAUCAUCACCAAAGAUGAGGAGAAGUCCUUCUGGCUGCUUGAUGCUCUGCUGGGCAGGAUCCUCCCUGACUACUACAGCCAGGCCAUGCUGGGGCUGAAGACGGACCAGGAGGUGCUGGGGGAGCUGGUGAGGGUGAAGGUCCCUGCUGUGUGGCAGGUCAUGGCCGAGCACGGUGUGAUGUGGACGCUGGUGGUGUCCCGAUGGUUCAUCUGCCUGUUCAUCGACGUCUUGCCUGUGGAGACAGUGCUGCGGAUCUGGGACUGCCUUUUCUACGAGGGCUCCAAGAUCAUCUUCCGCGUGGCUCUGACCCUCAUCAAGCACAACCAGGCACACAUCCUGCAGGCCAGGAACUUCCCCGACGUGUGCGACCGCUUCAAGGACGUCACCAAGGGCAGCUUUGUGGAGGACUGCCACUCCUUUAUGCAGAGAAUCUUCACUGAGCCUGGAAGCCUAUCCAUGGCAACCAUCAACAAGCUACGGGAGCAGUGCCGGGCCCAAAUCACGGCUCAGGAAGCGUGACCUCACCCCACGUGACCCGCCUCGCCAGACACACACUACUCGAACAUUCCAAACUAUCAUUUGCACUAAUUGUAAAGAUUUAAACGUAUUCACUACACGCAUGCACAGAACCAAGCUCAAGAGAUGUGUGCACAGAACCACACCAAUCCCGUGACUGAAGAUUCCAUGUGGCAUUUCAUAAUGAGUGAAUUCGAUCUUAAAGAUUUGUGGUAGAUAUUUUUGAAUUUAAAAACUAUUUUCAUAACUUUGCACUUUUUACCAUAUAGUUUUGGUAAAACCCAUGGCGUAAUGAGCCCAUGGAUGAUGGUACUGUGAUCCUUUUUUUGUUUUCCCGAUCCACAAUAAAAAGCGGCUGUGUCCCAUGUGUUGAUGUGUCGUUCGUACCUCAAUAUCAGGGGAACCGUAGAUUUGGAAACGGUUAUAAAAGGGGGCACAACUGUUGCAUCCUAUCAAUUCAUAA